UUGAUUGACAGAGGAUUUUGCUCUUCAAUUUAGAUUUGAAAUCGCGUUUCUUCAGAUUUCAAUUUUUGUAAAGCGAUUUCCCUCUCGUUUUCACUCUCUUCUUCAAAUCAAAAUGUUGUUUUCACUCUGAUUCUCCCUCCCAUCACAUGUCCAGAUUCGGGUGAACUGUGAAUCAUUACUAAUUUUUCACUUGGAGUUCAAAUCCGAGGGAGAGAGAGAGAGGAUCAUCUUUGAAUUUGAAGCUAACCAUUUCUUUUUUGUUUUCAUAUCUUUGAGAUUCCUUCUCACUUUCUGUCCAAGUUUCUGGAAAAGGAAGGUGAAGGAAGAAAUGGGUAUCGCUAAUCAGGAUGCUAUGAAGCAGUUUCAACUGCUAAUCAAUGAAGUCGAUGGAUCACUGAAGAACUCGUUUGAGAAUAUGCAUCAAGGACAUCCAGAAGAAACUUUGGAACGCUUUCUCAAGGCAAGGGACUGGAAUGUAGCCAAAGCCCACAAAAUGUUAAUAGAUUGUCUACAUUGGAGGAUACAAAAUGAGAUUGACAACAUAUUGUCAAAACCAAUCAUUCCCCCUGAGCUAUACAGAGCAGUACGAGACUCUCAGUUGGUAGGAUUAUCUGGAUACUCAAAAGAGGGUCUUCCUGUCAUAGCUGUUGGUGUUGGUCAAAGCACAUUUGACAAGGCAUCUGUUCAUUAUUAUGUGCAGUCACACAUCCAAAUGAAUGAAUAUAGGGAUCGCGUUGUGUUGCCUGCUGCGACAAAGAAGCAGGGACGACAUAUAAGCACCUGCCUCAAGGUGUUGGAUAUGACUGGUUUAAAGCUUUCAGCAUUGAAUCAAAUAAAGCUUCUGACUGUCAUAUCUACCAUUGACGACUUGAACUAUCCCGAGAAGACUGAUACUUACUACAUCGUAAAUGUUCCAUAUGUAUUUUCUGCUUGCUGGAAGGUCGUAAAACCUCUUUUGCAAGAGAGGACAAGGAGAAAAAUCCAAGUGCUACAAAACUGUGGGCGAGAUGAACUGCUAAAGGUAAUGGAUUAUGCAUCACUACCACAUUUUUGUCGGAAAGAAAGAUCAGGAUCAUCUCGGCACUCUGAGAAUGGAACUACAGAAAACUGUUUCUCCUACGACAGUGCAUUCCAUCAACAGCUCUACAAUUACAUUCAUCAGCAAGGUGCAGUCAGAGAGCCCAUUGUUCCAAUCAAACAGGGAUCAUUUCAUGUAGACUUCCCAGAACCAGAUCCAAGAGACGUCGAAAUCGCCAAAACAAUCGAAACAGAGUUCCAUAAGAUGGAAAACCACAACAAUGCUCUCAGCUAUUCCAUGAAUGGCCUUAAAGUCAAUGGAGACUGAUGAAUGAAGAACACUAAUCAUGUCUAGUAAGCUACACGCCUAGUGUGUUAUUACUACAUAGAAAGCUUAUAUACAGUAUCUACUACUGCCAUUGGUUCCAGGACAAAGCAAUUUUUGUAUACAUUGGCUUCUCUAAACUAUGUUUUAAGCUAGUCUCGUUCGAGAUGCCAUCAAAAGAAAUGGUUCGAUCCUCUUAUUUUGAA